AUGAAUACAGUUAUGAAUUUCAGCCACCCUGGGAUGAUUGAAAAUGUAGGCUUCUGUUAUGAGUCUGUGGACAAGUCUUGCCCGAAGAUCACCUAUGCAACAGCUGUACGCAUUGUGCUGUAUAUGUUCUUUUUGGCUGUCAUUGUUCUAACCAUAUGCGGAAACCUUCUCAUCAUUAUUGCUGUCUCUUACUUCAAACAGCUUCACACACCAACCAACUACCUCAUCCUCUCCCUGGCGGUGGCCGACCUCCUGGUCGGGGGGAUUGUCAUGCCCCCGAGCAUGGUGCGUUCAAUCGAAACCUGCUGGUAUUUCGGAGACUUCUUUUGUAAAUUCCACACCAGUGUAGAUAUAAGUCUAUGCAGCGUAUCAAUUGUUAGCCUUUGUAUAAUUUCUGUUGAUAGAUAUUAUGCCAUCUGUCAGCCCCUCCACUACCAGAGAAAGAUCACAGUCAGUGUCACAGUGGCCUUGAUCUUGGUCAGCUGGAAUUUGUCUAUCGUCAUUGGGUUUGGAAUAAUAUUUACCGAGCUGAAUAUCCAGGGUGUUGAAGAUUAUUACUACAAUAACAUCUAUUGCGUAGGAGGCUGUUUCCUUUUUCAGACUGAGGGAGCAACUACUGCAGCUUGCAUUCUCUCUUUUUAUUUGCCAGGGAUUACUAUGCUCAGCAUCUACCACAAAAUCUUCCGAGUUGCAAAGAAACAAGCUCGCUCUAUUAACGCCAUUGCCUGUCAGACUGUGCACUCUGAAGCCAGAAUAAACAACAUGGAGAGAAAGGCCACAAAGACCCUUGCGAUCGUUAUGGGGGUUUUUCUGACAUGUUGGAUGCCCUUUUUUGUGUGUAAUCUGCUUGAUCCGAUCAUUAAUAAUUCCAUUCCUCCUGUGUUGUAUGAUACACUGGGAUGGAUUGGCUAUUUAAAUUCAGCAUUUAACCCUAUUGUUUAUGCUUUCUUUUACAGCUGGUACAGGAAAGCUUUCAAAAUGAUCAUUUUAGGGAAACUAUUUCAGGCUGAUUCCUCAAACACAAAACUGAGCUCUGACUGA